AUGGAUGAAGAAGAUACUUACGGCUGCAACUAUCUAGGAACUAUGUAGGCAUGGUGUACAUAGUGUGCCUCCCUACUUCUUCUUGUUUCUUCCCUAGUACUUUUUAAAAGGGUUCAAAUCUAGCCAGUACUGCUAACCAAUUUACAUUUCAAUUUCUCAUUUCUUUUUUUCAUAGAGAAACCCUAAACCCAGAGAGAAGCCAAGAGGUUAAAAAUUACGAUAGAAGCAUGGAAACUGCUAUUGUCUGGCAACUAUAUUCAUCGUUUUUAACAAUAGUGAUACUUUUCACCAUAGCUGGAAAUUCCCUGGUUUGUAUUUUAAUAACACGAAACAGAGCAUUGAAAUCAUCCAUUAACUGGCUUCUUUUCCACCUGGCCAUUGCAGAUUUACUGGCAGCUGUGUUUUUUAUCCCUCCAUGCGUUCUAAGCCACUUUAUUCAUCAUCCAGGUGGCAAGACUGGAAACAUUCUGUGCCUUUUAUUUACCGCUGGUACCUUAGGGCUGGGUAUCUGCCUCAGCGUCGAGCUUUCUACUGGUAUCAGUUGCAUUCGAGCGAUAUUAUGCCACCUUACAUCCAUUUCGGAGCCUUCAACGCAGGUAUUCGUGGUGGCUGCUGUUCCUGCUGUGGAUUUUAGCAAUCUCAUUAAACCUUCCGUCUAUUGUUGUAACAGCCUUUGA